AUGGGGAAAUCCAACAGCAAGUUGAAGCCUGAAGUUGUGGAGGAGCUGACCAGGAAAACCUACUUUACCGAGAAGGAAGUCCAGCAGUGGUACAAGGGCUUCAUCAAGGACUGCCCCAGUGGGCAGCUGGACGCAGCAGGCUUCCAGAAGAUCUACAAGCAGUUCUUCCCAUUUGGGGACCCCACCAAGUUCGCCACGUUUGUUUUCAAUGUCUUUGAUGAGAACAAGGACGGGCGGAUCGAGUUCUCUGAGUUCAUCCAGGCACUGUCGGUGACCUCAAGGGGAACCCUGGAUGAGAAGCUGCGGUGGGCCUUCAAGCUCUACGACUUGGACAACGACGGCUACAUCACCAGGAAUGAGAUGCUGGACAUUGUGGACGCCAUUUACCAGAUGGUGGGAAACACCGUGGAGCUCCCUGAGGAGGAGAAUACCCCGGAGAAGAGGGUGGACCGGAUCUUCGCUAUGAUGGACAAGAACGCCGAUGGGAAGCUGACGCUACAGGAGUUCCAGGAAGGAUCCAAGGCAGACCCGUCCAUCGUGCAGGCACUGUCCCUCUAUGAUGGGCUGGUAUAGUCCAAGGCCCAGAGCUGGGAUGCCUGGGAACCACUCACCUCCUCCCGUGCCAUGAGGCCGCCUCCACACUGACUCCCCCGCCCCCGACUCCCGUGUCCACCGAGCCUUCCUCCGCACCCACACCCAGCCGAGCUGCCCUGGAAUCUCGAGGCCGGCUCCCCCCAGCCCCGCACCCACCCGCCGCCUGAAGCCACCGGCUCCGAUCGCCAACAACUUCUGCUUGUCCAGAAAACGACCACACGGAUGGGAAAGGCUCCGGCCCUCUGCAGAACCCAGGACUCGUCUGCUUCGCAGGAGGGGCCUCUCGGUCUCUCCUGCUCUCCUCGCGUGUGUGAUUUUUUUUUUUUUAUUUUAUUUCAAACAGACAUUGAAAAAGAAAACAACAAAACAAAACUACCUUUUGUUCUAGAAGAUUCCGACUGACAGAUGGGGAGAAGGCCUCGGAGAACGCUGCCUCCCACCUUGACCUUCGCAGCCGCUCAGCCGCGGGGGCUCGGGGCCUAGG